GCUGGCGCUGGAGGUAGGCGCUCGCCGGCCCUGCUGUAGCGCCGCCGCAGAGGAUCCCUGGCCAUCCCGGAAAUGCUUUCGGCAGGCGCCAACAUGGCUGCGGCCCUGCGGGCUGCGGGCGCGCUGCUCCGCGAGCCGCUGGUGCAUGGCAGCUCGAGGGCCUGUCAGCCAUGGAGGUGGCAGUCGGGUGCAGCAGCAGCAGCCACCACAGAGAAAGUGCAUCAUGCCAAGACUACAAGACCCCAAGCUCAACCAGAAAGGAGGAAGCCAAAAACUGGCAUAUUAAUGUUAAACAUGGGUGGCCCAGAAACCCUUGGAGAAGUUCAAGACUUCCUUCAAAGACUCUUCUUGGACCGAGACCUCAUGACGCUUCCCAUUCAAAAUAAGCUGGCACCAUUCAUCGCCAAACGCCGAACCCCCAAAAUCCAAGAGCAGUAUCGUAGGAUUGGAGGUGGAUCCCCCAUCAAGAUGUGGACUUCCAAGCAAGGAGAAGGCAUGGUGAAGUUGCUGGAUGAACUGUCCCCUGACACAGCACCUCACAAAUACUAUAUCGGAUUCCGGUACGUCCAUCCUUUGACAGAAGAAGCAAUUGAAGAGAUGGAGAGAGAUGGCCUGGAAAGGGCCAUUGCUUUCACACAGUAUCCACAGUAUAGCUGCUCCACCACUGGCAGCAGCUUAAAUGCCAUUUACAGAUACUAUAAUGAGAUGGGACGGAAGCCCACCAUGAAGUGGAGCACAAUUGACAGGUGGCCCACGCAUCCCCUGCUCAUCCAGUGCUUUGCAGACCACAUUCUGAAAGAACUGGACCAUUUUCCCCAGGAGAAGAGACGUGAGGUGGUCAUUCUGUUUUCUGCCCACUCCCUGCCAAUGUCCGUUGUCAACAGAGGAGAUCCCUAUCCCCAGGAAGUAGGUGCCACUGUCCACAAAGUCAUGGAAGAGCUAGGUUACCCCAACCCCUACCGACUAGUUUGGCAGUCCAAGGUUGGCCCAGUACCCUGGUUGGGUCCUCAAACAGAUGAGGCUAUCAAAGGGCUUUGUGAGAGGGGGAGGAAGAAUAUCCUUUUGGUUCCAAUAGCAUUUACCAGUGAUCACAUUGAGACACUAUAUGAACUGGAUAUUGAAUACUCCCAAGUGUUAGCCAAGAAGUGUGGAGCUGAAAACAUCAGAAGAGCGGAGUCUCUUAAUGGAAAUCCAUUGUUCUCUAAGGCCUUGGCUGAUUUGGUAUACUCUCACAUCCAGUCAAACAAGCUGUGCUCCACGCAGUUGACUCUGAGCUGUCCACUCUGUGUAAAUCCUGUCUGCAGGGAGACUAAAUCCUUCUUCACCAGCCAGCAGCUGUGACCCUGCCUGAGGACCCGUGGGAUUCACAGAUGCACAACCUCCAGACACCAUCAAUGAGGAUGGAAGCCACAUAGCCUGUAUGCAGCCUGUGGACACAGAUCAUGAUUUCUUUCUUGCCUUUAUUUUGUUUUACUUUAUUUUGUGCUUCCUUUUGUAGUCCACGCUGGCCUCCAUGGGCCUCCUGCUCCCAUUUUCUGAAUGCUAGCUAGCAUUACAGACACAAAAAAAUUGUGUUUCUCGGGGAACAGACUCUGAAAUUCUUACUGAGGUUUCUAUUUUCAUACACACGUACAGUGAAUACUCAUAGCCCUUUCUGAGAUCAAUUUACUUGUGUCGAGUAUGUACUGUGAAAUUCCAGGAGUGAUUCUGCACUUACUGCCCCCAACAGCCUCCUAAAAUUGUAUUUCGAGUCCCCUCUAUGUGCUACCAGUAGUGAGUGAGAUGUCUACAGCCUCAUGGAUGCAGUUUAGGUGGAUAUACUUAAUUUAUGAAAUAUAAUAUGUAAAAGAAUUGGGCUGAGGGCACAGCUUAGUGAUUGUGUGCUGGCCUACCAUGCCUGAGGCUCCUAGUCUGAUCCCUUGCAGGGCAUGUAGAUAUUAUGUUACCUAGUCUUUCCCUAAGGCCGUGGCUACCGGGAUGCUGGUGAGUUGGCGUGAUCACCUAUAGUUGCCUCUAUUUUCAGCACGGCCACCAGUCAUUGGUUGUUGUGGUGUCUGUGGGAGAGUCUCAUUUUCCUCCCUUGAAAUUGAAACAAGUUCACGUUUCAAAAGUGCUCUGAGAUUUCCCCAAGCACAUAGGCCAGUAAACAUAGGCCAGGAAAUUCAGUCCUGGAUAUGCCUUAGUUUGAGCCCAUGGUGCCUCAGGGAAGCUCUGUCUGCUCUCUAUUUCCAAGGACAGUGCCACCAGGAAAUGCUGCUGAUGGAUUUGGUCUCCCUAGGACCAAGGAGCCUCCUGCUCUUCGUUGAGUGCCUCUGUUCUCUGCUCACUUGUUUGAAAAUUAUUUUAUUAAGUUGACAUGUCUCAUAACCUUGAAUUUUUCUUCAUUAAUAAGUUUUUGUUAUGAAAUGAUGUAGUCAUAGAAUAGGCCAUUUGUAAAACACAGAGAAGAGAAAUAACCAUUCUAAUGUAAUAAUUAUCAUUUUAUUCCAGCCCUUUCCUGUGGAUAAUACACACACACACACACACACACACACACACACACACACACUCACACACACUCAUUUAUAUUCAUUCACACAUUUGUAUUCUUUAAGAAUUUCACCAUAUCCUAUCAUAGCGACCUCCUUUCCCUCCUUAACAUGUCCCUGCUUGGAUGUGCAAUGAAAAGUUGCUCAAAAAUGUAAGAAUUGUGUCAGAACAGAACUUGAUACUCUGGAUUUGGAUUUAAAUAGAUUUUAAAGUCUUUGGGAUCCUCAAAGGAUUCAUAAUAAUCACUUUCUCUGAAACUUUGUUCUUCAAAAACAAUACUUCUUUGAGCUUUUUUUUAAAAAAAUAGAAAAACAGUUCAUAAAGUGGAAGUAAUUAGGAGGAUGCAUAGAUAUUCUAUACUGAGGAUUUACUAUUAAUAAACAUUGUGGCUUUA